UCCCUUUCCCGGCUAGCUCGCGCAGGCGGUGCCAUGGCGGCCUUCAGCAAGUACCUGACGACGCGAAACUCAUCGCUGGCAGGGGCCGCGCUGCUGCUGCUCUGCAUGCUCCUCAGGCGGCGUCGCGCCCUCGGCCUGCAUGGAAAGAAGGGAAAAAAGAGCGAGCUGUGGUGGACAAAGUGUUUUUUUCAAGGCUCACAAAGAUUCUGAAAAUCAUGGUCCCUAAAAUGUUUUGUAAAGAGACAGGUUACUUGAUACUUAUUGCUGUCAUGCUGGUUUCUCGAACAUAUUGUGAUGUUUGGAUGAUUCAAAAUGGGACACUUAUUGAAAGUGGUAUCAUUGGUCGUAGCAGAAAAGAUUUCAAGAGAUACUUAUUCAACUUCAUCGCUGCCAUGCCACUCAUCUCUCUAGUUAAUAACUUCUUGAAGUUUGGGUUAAAUGAGCUCAAACUGUGCUUCCGAGUAAGACUCACUAAAUACCUCUAUGAGGAGUAUCUCCAGGCUUUCACAUAUUAUAAAAUGGGAAACCUGGACAACAGAAUAGCUAAUCCAGAUCAGCUGCUUACACAAGAUGUAGAAAAAUUUUGUAACAGUGUAGUUGAUCUGUAUUCAAAUCUUAGUAAGCCAUUUUUGGAUAUAGUUUUGUAUAUCUUCAAAUUAACAAGUGCAAUCGGAGCUCAGGGUCCAGCAAGCAUGAUGGCUUACUUGGUUAUCUCUGGGCUAUUCCUAACUCGACUUAGAAGACCCAUUGGUAAGAUGACAAUAACUGAGCAAAAGUAUGAAGGAGAAUAUAGAUAUGUUAAUUCCCGUCUCAUCACAAACAGUGAAGAAAUUGCCUUUUACAAUGGGAAUAAAAGAGAAAAACAGACAAUCCACUCAGUCUUCCGAAAACUGGUGGAGCACCUACAUAAUUUCAUCUUGUUUCGGUUCUCUAUGGGCUUCAUUGAUAGCAUUAUUGCCAAAUACCUUGCCACUGUAGUUGGUUACCUAGUUGUCAGUCGUCCUUUCCUAGAUUUAUCUCAUCCUCGACAUCUCAAGAGUACACAUUCAGAACUUCUAGAGGAUUAUUACCAAAGUGGAAGAAUGCUUUUGCGAAUGUCUCAAGCUCUGGGUCGAAUAGUUUUGGCUGGUCGUGAAAUGACUAGAUUGGCUGGUUUUACUGCUCGGAUUACAGAAUUAAUGCAAGUGUUAAAAGAUUUAAAUCAUGGGAAAUAUGAACGUACAAUGGUCUCACAACAGGAAAGGGGUAUUGAAGAACCACAAGUCAUUCCCUUGAUACCUGGUGCUGGAGAAAUCAUCAUUGCAGAUAACAUUAUAAAGUUUGAUCAUGUUCCUUUAGCAACGCCAAAUGGAGAUAUCUUGAUCAGGGACCUUAAUUUUGAAGUUCGAUCUGGGGCCAACGUUCUAAUUUGUGGUCCUAAUGGAUGUGGGAAGAGUUCACUAUUCCGUGUUCUAGGUGAAUUAUGGCCUCUUUUUGGAGGACGUCUAACUAAACCUGAGAGAGGAAAGUUAUUUUAUGUUCCUCAGAGACCUUAUAUGACCCUUGGAACACUUCGAGACCAAGUGAUAUAUCCAGAUGGAAAAGAAGAUCAGAAAAGGAAGGGGAUCUCUGAUCUGGUACUGAAGGACUACUUAGACAAUGUCCAGUUGGGUCAUAUCCUUGAACGUGAAGGAGGCUGGGACAGUGUUCAGGAUUGGAUGGAUGUACUCAGUGGUGGUGAAAAACAAAGAAUGGCGAUGGCAAGAUUAUUUUAUCAUAAACCCCAGUUUGCCAUUUUGGAUGAGUGCACAAGUGCAGUUAGUGUGGAUGUGGAAGGCUACAUUUAUAGUCAUUGUCGAAAGGUUGGCAUCACCCUCUUCACUGUGUCACAUAGAAAAUCUCUUUGGAAACAUCAUGAGUACUACCUGCAUAUGGAUGGCAGAGGCAAUUAUGAAUUCAAACAGAUAACAGAAGAUACAGUCGAAUUUGGCUCUUAGAAUCCGGAGAACUAUACCUGCUUCAAUGAAAUAAUUAUAGAAUACAGUUAGAAAUACAAAGUACAAUGUAAAUUAAAAGUUGAGCUUUUUUUUUUUUAAAGAAAAAAAAAAAAAAACAAGCCACAGAUUAACUAGAUAGAAAAUAAUUGAGAACAAGUUGUUAAAACGUUUAAUAUUAUAUAAGAUAUUGCUAAUUGUGUAUAUGUUGGUUUAAUUAUUAAUAUGUACUAAGAAUGCCCUUAUUCUUGUGGUUAAAAACCUGCCUAAAUUAAAUUGGGCUUAAAUCAGUGUAACCUGAUUCAUCCUGGGAUGUAAACCACUUAAAGUCAACUAAUUUGACUUUUAUGCAUCUAUCUUUUCCUUCAAUGAAGAACCCUAUUUAAAACUGGGGUCAUCACUUGUCCUGUUCUAACAAGAUAGUCUUGAGUAUCAUUUUCUUGUGGCCCAUGGUACUGGGAAACAAACAAAUCAUAAUGUAUUAUU